AUGGAACGAAAAAAGACAAUGACGAUGAACUGGGACGGUUUAGGAGAUGACGAUGACGAUUGCUUCUUCGAAACCUUUGAUCGACUUUCUUCGGCUAUCUCCCUUGACUUGGCGUCUUCUGGGUCAGACGAUGAUGAGUUCGAUGACAGCCGCAUGUCUUUUACUUCGACCAUCUCACAGGCCGCUAUUGACGACCUCCGCAGCUUCGAGACAGCCAACCGAGGCCCUGCAUCCAUAUUCGGAGAUUACGACAUGUGGAUGGCAGAACCUGGAUCGAUUAAGGAUCGUCGUAGGCAGCUACUUCAAGGUAUGGGGUUAUCGAGUACCAAGAACCUUCUCAGCCUUGUCAGCACCAAGCUCAUGCAUGUUUCUUCAAAGAAAAUUAGCAAUGAUCAGCCUUCAACAUCAUCAUCUGAGCAUGAGCAUGAGUCUGAGUCUAAGCCUAAACCUGAGCAUGAGCCUGAACCUGAGCCUCAGCCUGAAGCCUUGAUGUCCAUUGUACUUGUCCGGUCAAGAUCAGAUGGAGACAUCUUAUCAUUUUCAGCAAACACCAGGAAGAGAAAGGAAGAACUCAUAGGUACAGUAUCAAAACAGCGUCUCACUAGAACAUCAUCAAUGUUAUUAGCAUCACAUUCUGGUAUAGGUCAAUAUGCCAAUACCGUCACACCACAAAGGGUGAGAAGAAACAGAUCUUUGAUACCCAAUAGUGGGGCGUUGCCAGAUAUGUUGUCGGAUGGUCAGUUUAGCACGUUCUUUUUGAUAAAGAAUUUGGACACAGGUAAGGAGUUCAUUGUUAAAGAGUUCAAUAGUGAGGGGAUGUGGAAUAAACUCAGUGAAGUUGAGACUGGGAAGCAGCUCAGCAUGGAGGAAUUUGAGAAGACUGUCGGUCAUUCACCUGUUGUUAAGGAGCUUUUGCAUCGUGAAAAUGUAUCAACAGAUGAUGAAAAAAAAGGUGGCGCAAAUGCAGGAAAUUCAUACCUUACCAAGAGCUUCAGAAACAGCAAGAGAAGGGGGGUCGCAUUCUUGAAGAACAUAAGGUGCGUGGCAAAUUCAAUGAGCGGAUUGAUCGGUGACAAAGAGAGAGAUAAUUCUUCAACGGCAGAUCAGCAAAACCCAUCCUCCAAGUGGAUUAAAGUUCAUCAGCACGGCAAGCCUAUGAAAGAAUUCACCGCUUUGCAUUUGUGUCAAGAAAUACAAGCUCAUGAGGGCUCAAUUUGGACAAUGAAAUUCAGCCCGGAUGCUCAUUACCUCGCUAGUGCCGGAGAAGAUCGGGUAAUUCAUGUGUGGGAAGUCCAAGAAUGUGAAGUUAUGUCGGCAAAGCCACUUGACGAGUGGAGUUCUACUGGUUCCACCCCACUUCAUCCCAUGGCAGGAAAUAUAUUGGAGCAACAACCUCCUCUUGCAGAGAGUUCACUGAUGCCGUCCGAGAGGAAAAAAGAAAAGCCUCCUCUUCCAGAGAUUUCACCAAUGCCGUCGGAGAGGAAGAAGAAGGGGAAAUCCUCUAACAAGAAAAAGGGCAAUUCAAUUCCUGAUUAUGUCAAUGUGCCAGAAAUUGUAUUUUCCCUCUCAGAAAAACCAGUAUGCACUUUUACAGGUCACCAGGAUGAUGUCUUGGACCUCUCUUGGUCAAAAUCACAGCUACUGCUUUCAGCUUCAAUGGACAAGACAGUUAGGCUAUGGGACAUGGAAACAAAGAGCUGUCUGAAGUUGUUUGCACAUAACGACUAUGUAACCUGUAUACAGUUCAACCCAAUAGAUGACGACUAUUUCAUCAGUGGCUCACUCGAUGCGAAGGUUCGAAUUUGGAAAAUACCAGACCGGCAACUCGUAGACUAUACUGACCUUCAUGAAAUGGUUACUGCUGUUUGUUAUACCCCUGAUGGCCAGGGUGCUCUAAUUGGUUCACAUAAAGGGAGUUGUCGUUUAUACAGUACAGCUGAUUGCAGUCUAGAACAAAAAGAAGAGAUUGACAUCCAACAGAAGAAAAAGACUCAAGCAAAAAAAAUCACUGGUUUUCAGUUUGCCUCAGACAAUCCAUCUGAAGUGCUUGUAACUUCUGCUGACUCCCGGAUUCGAAUCAUGGAGGGUUCAGACAUCAUUUAUAAGUUCAGAGGUUUCAGAAAUACUAGCAGCCAAAUUUCAGCUUCAUUUAGUGCAGAUGGAAAAUAUGUUGUAUGUGCAAGUGAGGACUCUCAAGUAUAUAUCUGGAAGGUACGAAACGCAGGUGCAGGGAAAAGCAAAGGUUUAAUAACCACAAACUCUCACGAAGCCUUUCAGUGUAGAGAUGUUUCGGUCGCAAUCCCAUGGCCAGGUACCAUGAAAAUCGAACCGCCAAUCAUUGAAAUGAGCUCCAAAAGGCACUCGAAACGCUCCACCCAUCAGCCACCUUCCACCAUGGGAUCUCCAAGCCGGGAAGACAGCGUGGCGGGAACAAACAGUAAAAGACAUUUGCCACCUCUCCCCAAGAAAAAUAAUGGCUUGGAGAGAGAUUCAAGUUGCCGGGAUGAAGAUCUUGCUCAAAUUUCUCGUACCGACUCUGAGACUGGAAUCGGAGAGUCAUUCAAUUCAGAUUCUUCGUCUAUUAGAUAUGGUGACUCACCUUCUAUUUCCAAUUCUGGGAGUUCUCCGUCUCAGUCUUGGUCCUCCAGGUCCUUGUUUGAGGGUAGUAGCCACAGAGGAGGAAACACUGUCCAAGCAACAGCAUGGGGAUUGGUAAUUGUGACAGCAAGCCUGGGAGGUGAGAUCAGAGCUUAUCAAAAUUUUGGGUUGCCAGUUAAGCUUGGCCGCCAAGCCAUUCUCUUCAGAGACCUCUCAUAAAAAGGUUUUGUAUCAGUAAAAGGUACUUGGUUUUUCUUAAUUAAAAUUAUGUACUUUUCAAAUAUAGUUAUAGCUGAAGAUGUGUUUAACAGGUUAUAGUUAUAAGUACUGCAUGUGUUUCUAGGUUCUUAGAAUAAUAUUGUACAAGAAAACCCAGACAACCUGGGUUGGUGAAUUCACACAACUCCACACUCUCUUGGAGGAGGAGUUUGCAUUUGAAACGAUUCUUUUAAGAUCUUUUUUCAUGUUACUUCCAUUUAUGGGUACAUUUGCAGCGCAAACUAACUGCUUUAGUUUGCUCCCACA